UACUACUCAGUCCAUUAGGUUGAGCAUGCAAUGUUGUUUUUGAGAAAAUAUUGAGCACUUCAUGACAGCAUGUCCUCACUCAAGCUCCUCCCACUAGUAAACAACACACUUUCUGAUGCUCCGCCUCCAAAUAGUAAAAGCGUAAACACUCUGUCUGAACAUACUAUCAGCUUAUCGGAUGAGAUGCACAUAACUGUCUAUGGUGUCCACAAAACAGUUUGGUCGAAAAGCUCACCUGGAAAUGUGGAUACACCUUUCGGAACCGUUACACGGAUAGUGAUGUAAAUGGAUGAGAAAAAUGAGGAGCGACAGAUUGCAAGUUGUUUUCAUGCUGUGUCUUGCUUUCGUCACUGCAGGAGGAAAAAGUUUUGAAAGAAAAGUGGCCCAGUUACUCCAAGACAAAACAGAGGAUCCUAAAUGUUUUGUGGAGGGAAAAAAGGAUCUCACUUGCUUCUGGGAAGUGGAGGAAGAGAGGAAUUUACAUGAUCGAUAUACCUUCAUGUAUUCAUAUGAGAAUGAGAAAAAGAUGGCUUGUGUGGUUUCAUCUCUGUCUUUACGGGCCAGUAACAAAACCGUCCUCUUCUGCAAAUUCCCCCAAGCGCUGUUCUUCACGCCUCUUAACGUGCAGGUCUUCCGUGAUGGCCAGAUUCUCUAUAAUCGCAUCUUCAACGUUGAGAACGUCUUACUCCUAGAUCCUCCCAGCAACCUCACGGUCAUGAGCUCAGGGAAGGAAGGGCAGUUGAACGUGAGCUGGCUGCCUCCUCCGCUCAAACACAUGGAUGACAGUAUGAUAUAUGAGGUCAGAUACGCAGUGGAGGGAAGUCACAUGGGCAAGGUUGAGAAGAUAAAGGCCAGCACCACACUGGUUUUGCGUGGCUUACAGUCCGACACCAGAUACGAGGUGUGGGUCCGUGUCAAACUCGAUGGCGUCGCCUACGACGGCUACUGGAGUUCUUGGACCGAUCCUGUGUUUGCAGUCACGGUGCCAACCGACAUGGAUCCACUGAUUGUGUUACUGGUGCUUUUCAUCGGAUUGAUCCUCUGCCUGCUGUCCCUGACUGUGAUUCUGUCCCACCACAAGUUUCUUCUAAAGAAACUGUGGCCUGAUAUCCCCACGCCAGAGCACAAGUUUCCAGGUCUCUUCACAGUCUACAAAGGGGAUUUCAAGGAGUGGAUGAGCCAAAAUAAUGGCAGCAUGUGGGGAAGAUCAGUCCAUGUGUACACGGAGGAGCUUCCUUCACCUGUGGAGGUUUUGUCCGAGGUUUCUCUGACCAACUACAGUACGUCCCCGAGAGAGGGCAGAAAACCUGCGGAGAAGGAAGAGGGGAGCGAGCGUGCGGAUUCGGGAUUAAUGGGAGGAUGGCGAGAACCUCCUCACGCUCAGUGGCUCAUGGAGCAACUGAGGGCUCUUCAAGAAAACCCAGAAUCGUUCUCCCAGUCAACGUUACUCCAGUCACAUGACACCUAUGUCGCUCUCAAUCAAAACUCCCAGCAUGUGCAAGGAGAUACCGAGCGGCAGGUGGACGAUGUCUUUGAAGAGACCUUACCGCUCCAAACACUCUUUAUCACCGCGGGAACGUCGUCUUUGAGCGCCUCGCACUCCGACCUCGGCUCGCUCCCGCAGAGCUCGGGUUCGGGCAGACUGUCCUCACAAUCCAGCUUCGAGUAUCCCAACCACACAUGGCCCCCCAAAGGGCCGGGAUAUGCCUAUAUGGCGGUCGCAGACUCGGGGGUUUCCAUGGACUACAGCCCGAUGAGCUCGAGCAGCAUUGCGGAGCUCGGGAAACACGGGAUCUACACCAAUGAAUACAAAAACGAGAUUUUUGGCCACAAGUGGCCGUUCUCCUGUCAACACAUCGAAUCUGGAUACUGAUACUACAAAUUUAUUCCAGGAUCUUACCGAUUUCUGUUUGACACAUGAUGUUUAAGGGCAUCUGAAAACACUAGGAUCUUUCAGGAGAAAAAAAAAAACAUUCCAUCAGAUGAAAUAAGCUAAUAUUAUAGCAUUACUAUGGCAGCUGUUAAUGAAACAUUUUAGUACAGUGUGUCACUAAAAUACCAUUCAUUUUUAAUACAUUAAAGGAUUAGUUCACUUCAUAAUUAAAAUUUCCUGAUAAUUUACUCACCCCCAUGUCAUCCAAGAUGUUUUUCUUUCUUCGGUUGAAAAUAAAUUAAGGUUUUUGGGAAAAACAUUCAAAGACUCAAGAAAGAAAGACACAAACAUCUUGGAUGACACGAUGGUGAGUAAAUGAUCAGGAAAUUUUAAUGCUGAAGUGAACUAAUGCUUUAAUUAGUGGCACUUUCCACAAAAAGGGUUUGCUUCAAUGUCCCUUUAAAAAAAAAAGCAUUACAGGCUAAAUGUCUGCAUUUUUGUAGGGAGAAAUAUUAAAUACGUUUCAUAAUUAUUUAAUAUAUCAUGAAAAAUAGGACAUUAUAGGUGCAUAAAAAAAUCUACUCUGAAUUAUUGAAUAAUACAUAUUUUGUAUGUAUGCUAUGGGUUUGACAUAUGCUGUUGAAUUCAAUUGUGGUAAAAAAAAAUAAAAAAAAAAUAAUAAUAAUUAUCUAUAAUAUCUAUAAACCAACUUUGUUACCCUUUCCAGCAUAAUUUAU